AUCAAUGCAAGCAUCACUUCUUGUUAGUAGCCUUGCCCGGUCAAGGACACAUCAACCCAGUCCGCCACCUCGCCAUGCGCCUUGCAAGCCUCACUGCUACCACAGUCACCAUCUCCACCGCUAUCUCCGGCCACCGCAAGAUGUUCAACACCGACCAAGAAGUCCAUGACGACAAGCUCAUCUACAUCCCCUUCUCCGAUGGCUACGACAAUGGAUUCAAGUCUGACACAGACGACCCCAAGCUCUACAUGUCUACCUUCAAGCAAAAUUGCCACAAGACUCUCACCACAAUUGUCCACUCCCUCGCCCAACUUGGCCGGCCAGUGACGUGCAUUGUUUACGCCUUUUUGAUGUCAUGGGCAGCCGAUGUUGCUCGUGAGCACAACAUCCCUUCGGUCUUCUUCUGGAACCAGCCGGCCACUGUGUUCUCCAUUUACUACCACUACUUUCAUGGUUAUAAAAGCUUGAUCAUGGCUCAUGCCAAUGACCCAGAGUUCACCAUCCAUUUGCCGGAGUUGCCGCCUUUGAAGAUCCGAGAGCUUCCCACGUUCCUGACUGUCACUGACCCGGGUCAUCUCCAUUUCCCAAUCCUCACUUCUUUAUGUGAAGGUUUUGAAGCUUUGGACAUUGAAGCUAGGGCAAGUACGCUGCCGAAGGUUCUCUUUAACUCGUUUAAUGCCUUGGAGACCUUUGCAUUGGCCUCAGUUAAUCAGAUGAGGACUCUGACCGUGGGACCAUUGAUGCCAUUCUUGUUUGCGGGGGCUGUAGAGGGGGUGUCUACGGAUUUAUUCAAGAAUGAUGAAACAGAUUACAUGAAGUGGAUAGACACAAAGAGGGAAGGGUCAGUGGUGUAUGUGUCAUUUGGGAGUCUGGCAGUGAUGAAAAAGGUUCAGAUGAAGGAGAUGAUAAAAGGGUUGAAGGAGAGUGGGAGGCCGUUCUUGUGGGUUGUAAGAAAGGAUAAUAGAGAAGAAGGUGUUCUGUUAGAGGGAGGAGAGGAAGGGAUAGUGGUGCAAUGGUGUUCUCAACUGAAAGUGUUGUCGCAUAGAGCUGUCGGAUGUUUUGUGACACACUGCGGGUGGAACUCGACGCUGGAGAGCUUGGUUUGUGGAAAACCAAUGGUUGGAGUGCCACAAUGGUCGGAUCAAGGGACGAAUGCGAAGUUGUUGGAGGAUGUGUGGGGGAGUGGGGUAACGGGAAAGGUUGACGAGGAGGGGUUGUUGAAAGGGGAGGAGUUGAAGAGGUGUUUGGAGUUGGUGAUGGGGGAAGGAGAAGAGAGUAUGAGGAUCAGGAGAGCAGCAAAGUUGUGGAAAGACAAGGCUUUAGAUGCUGUGAAAGAAAAAGGGUCAUCUGAUGUCAAUCUUAAGGCAUUCCUCAUGUCAAUAAAUUAAGGUUUAUUGGCUGGUACUUAUUUUAGAGUAUAAAAUUAUGGCAUAAUAUAAGUAUUAUGGCAUAAAAAAAUAUUCUACUAAGAGUGGAAUAUUUUUUUUCAUUGUAAAAAGUCUCUUUUUUCCUUUCUAUCGAGCCACUAUCCAUGGGCCUACCGACGGU